UAGGGCCGAUUAAUUUUGAUCCCACCGUACUAACAACACCUGCCAAUAGGAAGCCCACUUCACAUAUUGGCAUGUGCUCUGGCCAAUCACAACCUAGAACCUGACCAACCAGUAGGGCGGAAGGAGUAAGAAAUGUGGCCGGAGCGGUGAAGAGAAGACGUGGGGUAAAUGUGAUGCAGUGCGCAGAGAAUAGAGAGCAGAAGCGGGGGGAGUUAUACGGGGGCAACACAGCCAGCAAUUAUGGCUUCGAGUAGUAACAAUUUAAGAAAGCAUAGGUGGUCAAGUCCACCAGAGAUGUCCCCCAACAAAUACCUUAAGCGUAGUGAGAGCGAUCCACCGAGAAGGGUCAGUUACACCACAAGCGAAGAGUCAGAAAGACCCCCCCAGGCAUCUGUACGACGCGUAACCAUAAGUCCACGCAGUGCUGCUCCAUCUGAGAGCCCUAGGUUCCGGAAUGAGGAUUCUGAAGAGCAUUCUGCACGGGCCAAAGGCAGAAUCAGGCCCAGUUUACAUACUUCUUCUGUGAAUGAAAGCACUCUGAAGGUGACCUCAGCAGGAGCUUCGACUAAGCGUUCAGAGGGUAACCAUAAUGCUGAUCAGGGUACUGAAAAUACCAGACGGUCCCAAAAGGACAUCUCCUGCUCUAGGACACCCAGAGCUCAGGCUCCCUCUAUGCUGUUUAUGAAAGCAUUUCAAGAUAUCAUAAAGAAUCCUGAGAGAACACAGUCACUGACUAGCACCCCCAAAAAAAGACAUAGAGAGAAAGAAAGUGAUGAAGAAUCAAACAAAUUUAUUCUGAAAGAGAAGGGUAAUGAUACAAGCACAGCAGAGACAUCUUAUAGCCCAGAAACAGAGAGCAAGACCUUGCCUGGGGUAAAAGAGACUGUAGCAUCAGAGCAUCAAGAAGAGAAUGAUGAAAACUGUGCGGAGUUGCUUGAUUCUAGCCCUGCAACCCCAGAGCUUCAACCUGAGCCAGGAGCUGAUACACAGCAGGAAUCUUCACGUCUUGUAUUUCUGUAUGAUGAGGAUUCUGACAAAGAGGGUGACAAGGAAGAUGUUUCGGAUAAGGAUCCAUCCAUUGGUAGUGACUUCUCUGAUAUUGAAGAUGUGGUGUCGUUGGCUAGAUUUUCACAGGAAGAUGAGGUUCUUCCUUCCAGUCCCGCCACACAGGAGACCUUCGAUGUGUCUUCUCAUUACGUCAUGUACCCACUGCACCUCUACAGAAGCCCAUGGAGACAUUACAUGGAAAGGUCAGCCAGUAGCUCCACAUAUGUGCCCAGAACCGAGGAGAACACUUGGCGCCAGGAUGCAGCCAACAGCAGCCUUAUUUCUGAACAUUCUGCUAACAUUGUGGAUAAUACAGUUCUUAGUGUGUCAAGCGAUAGUGAUAGUGCUGGAAGCAGGCGCCGUGAGAGAUCUGGCUCCUUCGAUACCUCUUGGACCUAUGGGAACACAACUAAGGUGAUGAGAAGGACAUCAGAGCCAUGCCUCACAGACACUAUUAAACUUCCCAAGUUCCUGGAGGAUGGCUUCAUUGACACCCACUGCCACCUGGACAUGUUGUUUUCAAAACUCUCAUUCAGUGGCUCUUUUACAGAGCUUAGAAGGAAAUACACCACCACAUUCCCUAGGGAAUUUCAGGGCUGCAUUGCUGAUUUCUGUGACCCGGGUACAUUACACAAACACCAGUGGGAGCAUUUGCUUGAAGAGGACAUGGUCUGGGGGGCAUUUGGUUGUCAUCCUCACUUUGCACAGUAUUACAAUGACAAAAAGCAAGAAGAGAUUUUGAAGGCAAUGAGGCAUCCGAAGGCAGUUGCCUAUGGAGAAAUGGGUUUAGAUUAUUCAUACAAAUGUUCCACUGAGGUAUCAGUGCAGCACGAGGUGUUUGAGAAGCAGCUGAAGCUGGCUGUUUCAAUGGGCAAGCCUCUUGUUAUUCACUGUCGGGAUGCCGAUGAGGAUCUGAUGAAGAUUAUGAAGAAGUGCGUUCCCCGAGAUUACAAGAUCCAUCGGCACUGCUUCACUGGGAAUUACAAGGUAAUAGAACCCUUUCUGACUGAAUUCCCAAACAUGGCUGUUGGGUUCACUGCAGUACUCACAUACCCCUCUGCCCAGGAAGCACGAGAAGCCAUGAAACAGAUCCCCCUGGAGAGGCUGAUUGUAGAAACAGAUGCUCCCUACUUUCUACCCAGACAGGUUCCCAAAAGUUUGUGUAAAUUCUCCCACCCAGGUUUGGCCAUGCACACAGUACAGGAGAUUGCAAAAACCAAGAACCUGUCGGUGAAGUCCGUCCUGGCAACGCUGCUGCAGAACACUAACCGGCUGUACAGCUUAUAGGCGUGUGUAUGUGUGUGUGCUCUCACCUUUUUAAGGAAACUUGAAGCCAUUGGUGCAUUUCCUUAUUUUAUGACUUUCUUAGUUUUUGUCUUUUUCCUGAACUUCAGAAACCACGCAGAAAUAUAAAAGUUAUCACAAUCAAUGCUAUUUUUGUGUUUCUUAAAGCAGUUUUAACAAAACAAAAACAAACAAAUUUUAAAUUUGGUAAUUAAAAUGAAAUGUAUUAUUA